UGCAAAAUUUAGAUAUAAAAUUUAGAUAAAAGAUAUGUGUAGUAUAAUAUGCCACGCCUUUGAAAACAAGCACUCUAUAAAAUGAAAGAGUCGCGUGUUUGGGGCGUGCGCACUAUAGUCAACAUUCUAGGCUCAUUUGAGGUACAUUCUACGGUGUCAAAUUCCCAAAGGAAUCGUGGGGGAGAAAAAAGGACGUGCAACCCACAAAGUGCUGACGGAUAGUUGUUCAGUAUCAACCAGGUGCGCGAACAAGCAGUAGCAAGAUUCUAAUUGAACGUUGAACUAUCUAAAGAAUAAUUUAAGUUUGACGGAACAGAUCAUUUGAUCGGAAUUAAGUCCGAUAACGAUUUGACGUGAUAACGAUGUAAAAAUUAACAUCUAUCUUCUUGUUAAGAAUCGAAGUUAUCAUAAAAAUUAUAUAUUAUAAACUCAGUGAUGUUUCUAGGAGAAACUUACAAUGAUCCAAGACUCUUUUCGAAAUAUCGAAAGGAUCCAACAGUUACAACUACUACGGAGUUAACAAAAAUCAACAUAAUCACUAUAACUCUUUCCGAAUAUAAUCAAAAUGCUAUCGACAUAUCAUUAGUGAUCCUAGGAGUCUCUCUAAAUUUAUCAAUAAUCUUCAUUGUAGCCUUGAACUCAUUUUUACGAGUAUCGACGAGCUGUUACGUUAUCAGUUUGGUCGCUUCGAAUUUGGUAAUCAUGAUCGAGCCAUCACGAAGGAUUCUACGAUCGAUCUUCGAAUUAAAUAUUCCUAUGAAUCUCGACUACGUUUUUCACGUUAGUUUCUAUUCGUCUAUAUUAACUAUCGUGAUUCUUAGUAUCGAGAAUUAUAUCGGUUCUUGCGAAAGACACAUUUCCAUAAAUGAAUACUUCGCAAAACUAUCUAAUACAAUAAAGAGAAUAAUUUUCGUUUGGUUGGUGUCCGUCAUGAUCACAGCAAUGGAACUACAUCUUUACGAUCAUUUCGAAAGAGACGACAUGCAUGAUAUAUUCGCAGCUUCGACAAUCAUGUUUAUGGUUCUACCAUUUAUAAUUCUUGUUCUGAUUCAUUAUGCAAUCAUUUACGAACUAUUAUUGACCAAAUCGAUCGAAGGACAAUGGCGAUCAAGGGAUCUGGAUAAUUUUCGUUUGUCAAUUGGCCUGGUCUUGGCAUUUUUUCUCACUAUGGUGCCAUAUAGAAUCGCAAAGGUAAUAACGUCGUUAAAUCCAGAUGCAAUGUGGUGUUGUUCGAUUCAACAAAUGGAAAUUGUUUAUCUACUCAUUAAAAUAUUCCCUAUCGUAUCUACGAUCGUUUGUUACGUAGCAUCUGAAAAAUUUCGUAAAGGAUUCCAGAAUAUCAUAUGUUUGAAAUGUAAUAAAAACUUAUGACAUUCGGUUUGAAUUAACGAAA